CUCUGACCCGGAAGGGUAACCUUCAGCUCCAGCUGCCGCUAAUCAUUCCUCACUACACAGAGGUAUUUAACGGGGUGUCCAGACGGCAGUCGACGCUGGAUUGUACUCGGAGCUCGGUGGAGAAGUACGGGACGGAGGAGUGGAGAAAAGGGGUUCACGGGUGUUUUCGGGAGGAGGAAUUCACACGGAAGGAGUGCACACCGACCUCACGGGGAAACUCGCCUUCACCACUUUUGGGAUCUAGAGAAAGGACAUUGUUGGAUAUCUCACUGUUUGAAGACUGUAUUUCUCGCACUGUAAAUAAACGCACUGUCGGCUUCAACCCAGAGCUCCGCGCCUGAAUCCAUACCGCUCAUUAGCCCUGACACGAGACUGAUGACAACAUGGAGGAUAACCACACUUUCCUGUACUUUGCAUAUGGCAGUAACCUGCUAAAGGAACGUCUUCAGCUCAAGAAUCCCUCUGCGACAGUACACUGUGUAGCCAGGCUCAAGGACUAUAAACUGGUUUUUGGGAACCACAAAGGCCUUGCUAGUGACCGAUGGCAUGGAGGUGUUGCCACCAUAGAGCACAGCCCUGGAGACGAGGUGUGGGGUGUGGUGUGGAGGAUGAACGUGUCUGAUCUAGAGUCUCUUGACAGUCAGGAGAACGUGACAUUAGGAGCGUACAGUCCUGUGGAGUUAUCGGUGAAGACAAAAGGCCAGGACCUCAACUGUCGCACCUACAUAAUGAACAGCUGUGUGUAUGCUCCACCAUCACCACAGUACCUAAAGGUGAUUGUAAUGGGAGCAGAACAGAACGGCUUGCCAAAAGACUACCAGGAGAAACUUCGAGCAAUCAAGACCAACAUGUAUGAGGGUCCCCUACCCAUGAUGGCUGAACUGGAGCGAGCCAGACGAAGAGCCAAAGAAAAGAAUCAUUACCCACCACACCUACAGCUGAUUCUCGUGUUCUGGAUUCAUCUCUCCUCUCACCUGAAAAAGAUCAUGGACUAGCUACUUCCCUCUGCCUGCCCUGCUGCCUGCCACUCAUCUCUGGAUCAUGCAAAUUGGCUGGAUUGCCUCACUCUCACCCUGUUGGACACUCACACCAUUUCCUCCCUCCCUCCGGACCCCAAUCUCUCAUCUAACCAGUAACCUGUCAUUUCUUCAUUCUAAUCAUUACCUGGCAAUUCCUCCUACUCCCUCACUAAUCCCUCUCUCCCUUUGCUUCUAGUGACUGCAACAUCUAAGACCCUCACCUGUGUCUCCUACCCUCCAAAGUUAUCCUUCUUUUUUCCUUGUGAUUAAAUAAACUUAAGCU